UCUUAAAUAUUUAUUGUGAAAAUUCAAACGAAAAACAGUUAAUUGAUUUUCCAUUCAAUUGGUCGUAAUUUAUAUUGGAGAAAAUAAACCCAAUAUAUCAUAUAAAUUAUAGUAUGGUCCACGAUCAAAGCAAUUUAUUGAUUAUAACCUGAGUUAGUGGUCCUUGGGCUAAUAGUAAAAUGUCUAUUAAACGGCAUUAGCUUUUAAAUAUUAGGAUAUACUGUGAGGAGCCGCACAUUCUAUUGAGUUGGCUUAACUUGACCACAGGAUUAUUGAUCAGGCAAUGAUUGAUGACUGGAGAGAAUUAUAUUAUGAGAAAGAUUGAUUAUAACCGUGUCACGUAAUAAAUAAUAAAUAACCAUAUCCCAUCAAUAAAAUUUAGGGUAGUAAAAAUAUUUUUCGAGAGGAUACGAAGUCAACAGGCAAGAAGUAAAGACAUAAGAGAUUGAUUGUUGAGGAAAUAACAUAUAUAAAAUAAUAUAUAAAAAAAAAAGUAAAUAUAGUGACAAGCUAUCUCUUGGAGGCAGAUGCAGAUCGAAUCGCACAUAAACCUGAGGACCUGCGCGUGUUGGUACAUCGGCUUGCGCGUUGAUCAUCUACCCAAGUUGAUAAAGCUUGAGAGCAACUCACUUGCCGUCCUGACGGCAGUGCAGUGGGCCAGUUGGACACUUCUUGACGUGUAGUUCCGUAACGGGUGUCUGACAUCGUCAUCACCACAUAUACUUGUCGUUGUUGUAUAUUAUUAUAAAGUUCGCGCCUGUGUAAGCCAGUUGAUCAAACAUUAGCCAAGUACCAACACCCUCGGGCUAAUUUAACCCGUUGACGACUGCUAAUAACGUUGUUAAUAAAUCAGUGGGGUGUAAUAAUUGACAUUAUGAGUCAAGAAACCGGAGAAAUUCCUUCAGUAGUUGAAUUAAAUGUGGGUGGAGUCUUUUAUACAACAUCACUGUCAACUCUUACCAAAGAAAGUGACUCUCAGCUAUCAGCAAUAUUUACGGGUAAGACACCAGUUGAAAAAGACGCAAAAGGAAAGUAUUUUCUUGAUCGUGACGGUGUUCUAUUUCGUUAUGUAUUGGAUUUCCUGCGUAAUGAAGCAUUGACAUUACCUGAAGGCUUCCGUGAACGUGAACGGCUAAGAAGGGAAGCUGUUUAUUAUGGACUUCCUGGAUUGGAGAAAGCCAUACAGGAAGCCAAUGCUGAAGGAUGUGCUACCACAAGGUCACUCUGUGGUAGACGCGGAGUUGGAUACAUUACUGUAGGCUACCGCGGGAGCUUUGCUUUUGGUCGUGAUGGACUUGCUGACGUUAAAUUCCGCAAGCUCUCCAGAAUUCUUAUCUGUGGGCGCGUCGCAAUCUGCAGGGAUGUAUUUGGUGAAACGCUCAAUGAAAGCCGAGAUCCAGAUCACGGAUUAUCCGAUAGAUACACCUCGAGAUUCUUCCUCAAACACAGCUUCAUCGAGCAGGCUUUUGACAUGCUCCAGGAACAGGGAUUUAAGCUUGUGGCGAGCUGCGGUUCUGGAACCGCUGGAGCUUCUACGGAACAGCUUAAACCUGGUGUUGACUCGGAAGAAAAUCGCUGGAAUCAUUACAAUGAGUUUGUAUUUGUGCGCGAGUAGAUGUCACAUUUACAUUUCAAAGACACUCAUACAAACUGACAAAUUUAACACACACACGUACUUAUACAUACAUGUAAUACAUAUACAUAUUACAUCAAUACAGGUCACGUUGGUUUUAAUAUAACAUGAUGAUGAUUUAGAAAUAAAAAAUGCCUAGUACACACUAAAAAUGAAAAUAUACACCAAGUAGAUCAUCUUCAUCAGAAUAAAUCUUCCAAUUUUUAAUUAAAAUUAUUCGUGAUAAUUGAACUGAUAUAGGCGGGAUCAUUAUUAUAUUGCGGUAAAUUCAAACUUAUUUAUGGUUUGAAUUCACCUCUGUAAUUUUUGUUGUUGUUUAUGUAUUAUAUUAUAUUAUAUUAUAUAUAAAAAAAAAUAUAUUAUAUAUA